AGUUACAGUUAUUAAAAAUACAUAAAGCCUCACUUUUAGGUUCACUUAUUAUGGACGAAUAUUUUCAUAAUUUUAGGAAAAAUACUUAACAAUGGUCGCAUAGUGAAUUAUUAAUCUUAUACAAUGGGUACAAGAAACUUAUCAAAAAAAGAACUUGAAGAGCUUCGUAAGAAAGAAGAAGAGGAAGCCGCAGCUCAUGUAUUCAAAGAAUUUGUGGAGACCUUUCAAGAAGUACCAAGUACCACUUCUAAGGUAUGGGUGAAAGCAGGCACAUAUGAUGCAGGCGCAAGAAAGGAAGAUACAUCGGAACGUGGCAAAUUGUAUAAGCCAGUGUCACGGCUUGAUGACAAACGUGGCAAUGAGGUAGAGGUUUUGCGUAACUUGGCGCAAAUUACACCAAGACUAGAACCUUCCUCAAGGCAAAGAGCAAAACUUAAUAAAGAUAAGAAAAAAAGUAAUCUUGAACUUUUCAAGGAGGAAUUAAGACAAAUUCAAGAGGAGAGAUCCGAGCGACACAAGUAUAAAAAUGUUCUACGCGAGCGCGGCGUUGUGGGCGCUGAGCCUGCACUGGACACGAUGCCCGAUGUUGGUUCUUACGACACCGGCGAUCCAAACACAACCAACCUGUAUCUUGGCAAUCUUAACCCAAAGAUAACAGAGCAGCAGUUGAUGGAAAUCUUCGGGCGUUAUGGACCGUUGGCUAGUAUCAAGAUAAUGUGGCCGCGCUCGGACGAGGAGAAGGCGAGAGGGCGCAACUGUGGCUUCGUCGCAUUCAUGUCGCGCAAGGAUGGUGAGCGCGCGCUGCGCUGCAUCAAUGGCAAGGAGAUAAUGAACUACGAGAUGAAGCUGGGCUGGGGCAAGGCAGUGGUGAUCCCGCCGGUGCCCAUCUACAUUCCGCCGGCGCUGCAGCAGCCCAGCAAGCCGCCGCCGCCCUCCGGCCUGCCCUUCAACGCACAGCCUCCAAAGCACCUUGCCUCCAAGAUACCGAGGAUACACCCUAGUGAACAUUACCCAAGUGAUCCAGAGGAUCGAAAGACCUAUGAACAGAUAUUGUCACAGUCCAUUAUUAAAGUUGUCGUACCCACAGAAAGAAACAUUCUCAUGUUGAUCCACCGAAUGGUCGAAUUCGUAAUUCGAGAGGGCCCGAUGUUUGAAGCCAUCAUAAUGAACAAGGAGAUAAACAAUCCAUUCUUCCGUUUCUUGUUCGAAAACCAGUCGCCUGCUCACAUCUACUACCGGUGGAAGCUGUUCUCCAUGCUGCAGGGAGACUCACCUAAGCAAUGGUCGCUUAAUGAUUUUAGGAUGUUUGAAGGUGGCUCAGUAUGGCGGCCACCGGUAAUGAACCUGUACACAGCAGGCAUGCCCGACGAGCUCGUAGAGGAGGACGAUGCUAAAGAGAACAUUAGGGGUACUCUUUCUAACAGCCAGCGUGACCGUUUGGAGGAGAUAAUCCGCGCACUGACGCCGGCCCGCAGCAGCGUGGGCGAGGCGAUGGCGUGGUGCCUGGAGCACGCGGAGGCGGCCGGCGAGGUGGCGCAGUGCCUCAGCGAGGCGCUCGCCGGCGAGAGCACCGCGCCCGCCCGCCGCGUGGCGCGCCUCUACCUGCUGUCCGACAUCCUGCACAACGCGCAGGCCAAGCUCACCAACGCCAGCGCCUACCGCAACGCGUUCCAGCAGCGGCUGGCGGACAUCAUGCGGCACGCGCACGCGGCCUGGGCGCGCAUGAGCUCGCGCCUGCAGCAGGAGGGCUUCCGCGCGCGCGUCACGCGCAUCCUGCAGGCCUGGGCCGACUGGGCCGUCUACCCCACCGACUUCCUGCUGCAUAUCAACGACAUCUUCCUCGGACAGGACAAGGAGGAGAGCGGGGUGGCUGUGGGUGGUGGUGAGGUUGCGGAGGCGGCGGAGGGGUCUUCCGGCGAGGCGGGUGAGGGCGCGGAGGUCGCGGAGGGUGCGCGCUCGCCGGAGUCCUCGGGCUCGUGGGAGGGCGCGCUGGACGGCGCCGCGCUUCGCCGCCUGGCCGCCGCACGACACACCAGCGACGACAUCGACGGCGUGCCGGUGGAGGAGGACAUCGAUGGCAUACCGCUGGAAGCAGAGGCGGAUGCGGAAGCGGCGGCGGAUGCGGACGCGGAGGCGGAGGCGGGCGGCGCGGCGGGCGAGCGCGUGGCGGCCGGCUUCGUGCCGUCGCGCUGGGAGAGCGUGGACGUGGAGCCGCCCGCCGACGCCGACGCGGACCCGCAGCCGCCGCCGCCGCCCGCCGCCACGCUCACGCUCACGCCCACGCACAAUGAAAGCGCGGAGUCUCCGCGCGGCGAGGAGCCGGCGCUGUCUCGCGCGGUGCUGCGCGACAUCGAGGUGCGCGUGCUGCGCUACGCCGACGAGCUGGAGGCGGGCGCGCGCGCUCGCAAGCCCGCGCUCACCGCGCAGCAGCAGAUACACCACUACCGCCGCAAGCUCAUCAAGAAGGCAGCCAAGGAAGCAAAAGAAGCGGCAGCACUGGAGGAGGCGCGCGAGUCGCCCGAGCCGCGCCGCCGCUCGCCCGUCGACGACGACGCGUAUUCGAUUACUUCUAAGAAGUCAAAGAAGUCCAGAGAGCCAUCGCUGUCGCCGCCACCGAAACGCUCCCGUCAUAGCGACAGGAAAUCAAGGUCGCGGUCUCGCUCGCGUGAAAGAGAAAGAGAACGAGAUCGGUCCCGUGAGCGAGAGCGAGAACGAGAAAGGGAAAGGGAGAGAGAAAGAGAAAGAGAAAGGGAGAGGGAAAGGGAAAGAGAAAGAGAGCGCGAAAGAGACAGACGGCGUCGCUCUCCAGCCACACCUCCUGGCCACCAUCACAGGAAACAUAGCAAACACGCCAAAUAUAAGUACUGACGUUGUAUUGGGGAAUUUUAUUAAGUGUAAAAUAUAUCAGUAAUUUUA